AUGAGUAACAAUAGCCAUCAUCGAUUUACUCGUCUCGAAGAUUUCCCCAAUGAAUUACUAUUCGAUCUAUUUGAACAGUAUAUUUCGAUUUCUGAUUUGAAAUAUGGUUGGGUUGGUCUAAAUCAACGUAUCAAUUUUAUUCUAAAAUCAAUACAACUAUCUGCAUCAACUUCAUCAUCAACUGAUCAAAUGCUUCAUUUUUUUAAAGAUCAAAUAUACAGCAUCGCUGUAUCUUAUUCAUGUACAAGUUCUUUCACUGAUUUUCCUAAUUUACGCUCAUUAUCAUUUCAACAUGCAUCCAAUAAACAUUUGUCUGACAUACAAUCAAAUUUUAUUUUAUCGAAUAUUGUUCAUCUACGAAUGGAACUAUCACCAAAUAUGUUAGCAAAGACAUCAACUCAAUUUUUGGAAACAUUAUUUUCCAAUAAAUUUAGUUCUCUUCGUAAAUUAUGUAUAUUGAAUGAAUUCGAUUUUAGUAAUUCUAUAAAAUUCAAUUCAUGGGCAGGUUCAAUAUCACUUCGUUCAAUAAAUAUUAUCAUUUCAAAUAAUUUACAUAUUUAUUCGGCUCUUCUUAUUGCUUGUCCAAAUUUGGUGCGUCUUCAUUUAACUGUUUCAUUUAUAGAUAGGAAUUCGUUAACAACUUUUCAUCAUACAAAUCUUAAACAUCUUCAACUUCGUCUCAAUACUAGUGACUGGUCGUUUGAUAUGUUUGAACAAUUCCUCAUUUGUGUACCUAAUCUACAACGACUUGUCUUGCAACGAUUUAUUUGGAAUAUAGAGAAAUUCAAUCUCAACCUAGAAAACAUUCGCUUUAUUCGUAUUCUAAAUCAAUGUUUGACUUAUCUUCAUCGAUUCGAUUGUGAUAUCUUAUUUCAUAGUCGAGUAAACACGAUUGAUAUUAAUAACUUACGUCAGCUUCAUUCAUGUUUUACUCGUAUUCAGAUUGAACGUAAAAAUGAAAUUGACCGUCUGUAUACUAAUAACUAG